CUUUUUGAUGUUCUCCAACCUUUCGCAGCGACGGUCAAAGCGACACAUAGCUAACCGGACAUUCUCAUUUGUGGAGCGAUUCAUGCCUUGACAGCUAUAUUUCUUCUUUUUCAUCCAUCUGAUUUGCGAUUUCUGAUAGUAACGCGGAUGAUGGGCCCGACGCUUGAUCUGGAACGAGCAGGAAAGCCUCCGAAGCGACGGUGCUUGCAGGAAAAAAUGGCUCCGUUGACGAUAAAUGUCUCUCAGGCGAAAUGGGGAGGUUCGCAGGUGUUGCAGAAGGAGAGCACGAAUUCGAGCAGCUGGACCUCUGCUUCAAGUUCGUCUUUCAUCUACACUCCCGACCCAAAUACCAGCUAUACAUUUGGUGUACCGAACCCAACCACCGUCCAGGUAGCUCCUCCUACUCCUCCAUUGACGUCCCCUCUACGCCGAACGCGAGACGAAAUAGCUCGUCAGCGCCGCUACUCCCAGGCCGAGGAAGCUCUUGCCCUCACUGCCCAGCUCACGCUUCAGGAAACUUCCCAGACGGAGCUACAAAUCCGUACCCUCGAACAAGCUGCUUCCCUACUUAACUCCCGCUUGGAGGACGCACGGGAACGCUCAGCCAAACUUCGUUCACUGCUGAACGACCGGGAGACAGAUCCUGCAACGUUCGAAUCUCUCAAGCGGGAACGGUGGAUGGAAGAACGUCGGAAGGCUUUGGCGGAGGAGGAAUCCCGGGCUAUACAUAUGCAACUAGCCUCCCUGACCAAAGGCAAUGACGUUGUCUGUGAGAGCCCUGUCACUUCCUCGAGACACCAAGCAAACCUUCUUCGAUACCUCCAAUCCUCAAAUACCAGACGGCCUAUCCAUCCAAUGCAUACCGCUGUCGAGGAACGUGCUGCCCGACGGAUCACGCUUUGCGAAGCUUCGCCGGCGCGCCUCCGUAUGUCCAUCGGGUCGAGGCACGCUCGAUCCUUGUCCAUGGAUCAGAAGCCCCGCGAGCGUUCAACUUCGCCGCUGGAUUUCGAGCCGAAAAUGCUGAAGAAGCACAUCUCAACAGCAGAUUCCCUGUCGUUAGACGUGCUGACUGAAGAUGAGGACUCUGAUACGUCAAACGAAAUCAAUCAAGUUACUCCAGUGACACCUAGCCACUCCCCAUCCAAUUCGCCACUAUCACGCAGACUCAAAUCUACCGUCAGGGAGACAUGUGGUACAGCAACUAUCCAUACGCCAGUUGCUGUCAAAGUACGCACCACCGCCGACAUAUUGGCCGAUCUUCCUCCGGUAGCACUCCCUGUGUACGCUGUUGACCUCCUUGGAGAUUUUGAAGAGCAUAGAACGCCCACUUUGAAGCUAACUCGAGAUCAAGCAAUGCGAAUGUCCAGAGACAGCCGGCGGUCAAGGGACACCGCGCCACGACCGUCUCUGGCAUUUUCGGAAUGGGAAGUUCUUUCGACGACUUCAUCUACCGUUGUAGAUCCCUUUUCAGCUACAUCCUCAUCCUCAUAUAUCGCCCCCUCCACCCCACGUGCACUAUCGAAACCCCUUCCUCCUGUGAUUGAAUCAUCCAUCGAUUCUGAACCAUCCCCUUGCAUCACCCCCGAUCGACCAAUCAAGGUCCUUCACCCCGCCACAGAUCCAAUACGCGAGCCUCCCCCCUCGCCUACUCCUCUUCCCCAGCAUUCUGUCAAGUCUCUCUUAGACUCAAACGACAUCCCCUCCCCCGUUCCUCGACGCUUAACAAGGUCUCGCUUAUCAAUAGGCGAGCCCGUCCUAGCGCCAGACGUCUUUACGAAGCGCAUUCGCCGACCAUUCUCGUUCGGUUUCUUCAAGCAGGGCGGGUCGACAUCUCCCUCGCGGCUCUUGUCUGUGAUACCUGAAUCCGUGCCUUCGACACCCAAACAUGAGUCUUCCCCAUUGAAGAGGAGGCUGAAAAUGUUCUUCUGAUACUUCGGACAAAAUUGCUUUUUACAUACUGGUUAUAUUGUACAUGCAUGCUUAGAUCUUGGUUGUAUAUGCUACUGUACAUUGCUAGGUUGCUUUCUAAUUGUUGUUUUCGUCAUUGCCCACACCAGUUUUCCACUUAUGGAAUCAAAUAAUGGGCAAAGAGAUACUGUGGGCUUCCUGGCGCAAUGGUAGCGCGUUUGG